CGACUUCCUCCCACUAUUCUAUUCAAUAAAUAAUCAUAAUUUUUCUCUAUAAAAUUAGAACUUCUCCACGUCUCUGAAAAUCAUAUUCUGAAAGUCUCAUAAAAAGAGAAAGAUCUCUUUAUUAUUUUCCAAUCAAUCAUCCAAAUUUUUUCAUCCAAAUCCCAAAAAAAAUAUGUCGCUUCUUUCAGAUCUUGUUAACCUUAACCUCUCAGACUCCACUGAUAAGGUGAUUGCUGAGUACAUAUGGAUUGGUGGAUCUGGUAUGGACAUGAGAAGUAAAGCAAGAACACUCAAUGGACCAGUUUCUGAUCCAAAAGAGUUGCCAGAAUGGAAUUAUGAUGGAUCUAGCACUGGUCAAGCUCCUGGUGAAGACAGUGAAGUCAUUCUCUACCCACAAGCUAUCUUCAAAGAUCCAUUCAGGAGGGGCAACAAUAUUCUUGUCAUGUGCGACGCAUAUACCUCUCAAGGAGAACCAAUCCCAACCAACAAGAGACACGAUGCUGCAAAGAUAUUCAGCCAUCCAGAUGUAGCUGCUGAAGUGCCUUGGUAUGGUAUCGAGCAGGAGUACACCUUGCUGCAAAAGGACGUUCAUUGGCCCAUUGGCUGGCCUGUCGGAGGUUUUCCUGGUCCACAGGGCCCCUACUACUGUAGUAUUGGUGCUGAUAAAGCUUUUGGAAGGGACAUUGUUGAUUCACACUACAAGGCUUGCCUUUAUGCAGGAAUUAACAUCAGUGGAAUCAAUGGAGAAGUGAUGCCAGGACAGUGGGAAUUCCAAGUUGGUCCAUCAGUUGGAAUCUCUGCUGGAGAUGAGUUGUGGGUAGCUCGUUACAUUUUGGAGAGGAUUACUGAGAUUGCUGGAGUGGCUCUUUCUUUUGAUCCAAAGCCAAUUCCAGGUGAUUGGAACGGUGCUGGUGCUCACACAAACUACAGCACUAAGUCCAUGAGGGAAGAAGGUGGCUAUGAAAUCAUUAAACAAGCUAUUGAAAAGCUUGCAUUAAGGCACAAGGAACACAUUGCUGCUUAUGGUGAAGGAAAUGAACGCCGUCUCACUGGUAAACACGAAACAGCAAGCAUUUCAACCUUCCUGUGGGGAGUAGCCAACCGAGGUGCAUCAGUUCGUGUUGGACGAGACACUGAAAAGGAGGGAAAAGGAUAUUUCGAGGACAGGAGGCCGGCUUCUAACAUGGACCCUUACGUCGUUUCUUCCAUGAUUGCAGAAACCACCAUUCUUUGGAAACCAUAGAGUAUCAAGCUUCAAGCUUUAACCACCCUUUCUAUAUUAAGUCAUUUGCUUUAAAUCUGCAGCUGUCUACUCAAGCUGUUAAGAUUUUUCGAUUUUCUAUAUAUAAUGGCCAUUGAUUUUCUAUACAUAAUGGCCAUAGUGUAAGUCAUUGCUUUGCUUAAGCUGCUUUACAAGCUAAAUAACACCAAUUCCUUGCACUAAUUAGUUCCUAAAAAUUGUUGUAUCCUUUUCCUUCCAAACAAAUAUUGAAGAAAUAAAGUAUUUUAUAGGGCUAUUUACCUAUUUC